AUGGCACCCAUGGAAGUGGACAGCCUGCUGCCAGUGACGGUUCUGAGCGGUUUCCUAGGGGCUGGCAAGACCAGCUUGUUGACGCAUGUCCUGCACAAUCAAGAAGGCCUGCGGGUGGCGGUUAUCGUGAACGACAUGGCCGAGGUCAACAUAGAUGCCAUGCUGGUCAAAUCCGAGCAAGUGCUCAAUGUGCAAGACAAGAUGGUCGAGAUGCAAAAUGGCUGCAUAUGUUGCACUUUGCGUGACGACCUCAUCGAGCAUGUCACCAAGAUAGCAGAAGAGAAAAAGUACGACUACCUGCUGAUCGAAAGCACUGGCAUUUCCGAGCCGAUGCCAGUGGCAGCCACCUUCGUGACUGACAUUGAAGGCAAGGCCAUGCUUGGAAGAGUCGCACGACUUGACACCCUGGUAACGGUUGUAGAUGGCAAGACUUUCUGGGAGACGUACAGGACUACCGAGCUGCUGGUGGAUCGGAAAGAGUUAGGCGCAGAGACUGGCGACCAGCGGAACAUCGCUUCUCUUCUUGCAGAUCAAAUUGAGUGCGCGAAUGUCAUACUUCUGAACAAAGUGGAUUUGCUGAAGGAGGACGAGAUUGACACACUCGAGGCUGUGCUCCGAAAGAUGAACCAGACGGCAGAAAUUGUGAGAUCCAGCUGGGGCAAGGUUGACCUCACGAGAGUUCUGAACACUCGCAAGUUCGACUUUGGUGAGCUUCAGAAGAUGCCCGGUUGGAUACAGGAGCUGCGUGGAAGCCAUGUGCCGGAGACCGAGGAAUACAACAUCUCCAGUUUGGUUUUCCGUUCCUUAAAGCCCUUCCAUCCACAUCGCCUGGACAAGGUGUUGAGAGAGGGCUUUGAUGACUUGCUGCGCUCGAAGGGCUUGCUCUGGGUCGCAGGAAGUAAUGCCGCCAUGGUUUGGGCUCAGGCUGGGGGUGCAGUAGACCUUCAAUCUGGCAACUGGCUGCAUGGAAACGUGGAUCCCAGUGACUGGCCUGCACAUCUCGAGGAGUACAAGGCCAACCGCUACGGAGACAAACGAGUAGAGUUGGUCUUCAUUGCACAGAACCUCAACAAGGCGGACCUCACAAAGCGCCUGGAAGAUGCCCUGGUUACGGAGGAAGAGUAUCAGCUAGGGGAAGAAGGUUGGGCGCAGUUCAUUGGUGAAUCUUAG